AUGCCGGAGCUUCGCAGAGGAGUCCGCCGAGGCCGCGCUAGGGUAGCUCACAAGCCGUCGGACCUACCGCCGCCCUCGCGGAGGACCCGUGCCACGGUCGCCCGAGAAGCCGCUGAGGCCGUGGUGAGGCCGAGGACAAGGUUGGCAGUGAGAAAAUUGAAAGAAGAGGAGAAGCAGGAGCCGGACCCGGAGCCGGAGCAGGAAGACCGUGUGAUUGUGAUAUCGGAGAAGGACUCCGAUUCUGAGGGCAAAAAGGGAAAAGAAAUAGUCGAGGAAGAUAAGAAAGCUGUGAUGGCUGACGAUAGUGGUGGCUUGAGUGCUAAUAAGGCUGCUGGGCAAGAAGAAGAGGGCAGUACUGCACCUUUUCCCGAAAAGGUUCAAGUAGGAGGGUCACCACUCUAUAAGGUAGAGAGGAAGCUGGGCAAAGGUGGCUUUGGCCAGGUGUUUGUUGGUCGUCGUGUUACGGGUGGAGUUGAUCGUACAAGCGGUCCUGGUGCUAUUGAGGUAGCACUUAAAUUUGAGCACAGAAACAGCAAAGGCUGUACUUAUGGUCCUCCAUAUGAGUGGCAAGUUUACAACACUCUUGGUGGUAGUCAUGGAGUGCCUAAAGUGCACUAUAAAGGAAAGCAAGGAGACUAUUAUGUCAUGGUUAUGGACAUGCUAGGGCCUAGUUUAUGGGAUGUAUGGAAUACUUCAGGGCAAGCGAUGUCUGCAGAAAUGGUAGCUUGUAUAGCUGUUGAGUCUUUAUCAAUUCUAGAGAAGAUGCACUCAAGAGGCUAUGUGCAUGGAGAUGUAAAGCCAGAAAACUUUUUACUUGGUCAGCCAUCUACGGCUCAAGAGAAGAAAUUGUUUCUUGUUGACCUUGGACUAGCGACAAAGUGGAAAGACACUAAUGGGGGUCAUGUUGAUUAUGAUCAACGUCCUGAUAUGUUUAGAGGAACUGUUCGAUAUGCUAGUGUUCAUGCUCACUUAGGAAGAACUGCUAGUAGAAGAGAUGAUCUUGAAUCUCUUGCUUAUACACUCAUUUUUCUCCACCGAGGAAGGUUACCAUGGCAGGGCUAUCAGGGUGAUAACAAAUCUUUCCUAGUUUGCAAAAAAAAGAUGGCAACAUCUCCCGAAAUGCUGUGCUGCUUCUGCCCCCCACCUCUAAGGCAAUUUCUUGAGGUUGUGGUGAACAUGAAAUUUGAUGAAGAGCCUAACUAUUCGAAGCUAAUAUCAUUGUUUGAGAGUUUGAUAGGAUCAAAUCCUGCUGUAAGGCCAAUCAAAAUUGAUGGGGCUCAGAAGAUUAUUAGUCAGGUUGGCCAGAAACGGGGUAGAUUGAAUAUUGAGGAAGAUGAUGAUGGCCAGCCAAGGAAGAAAGUUAGGCUAGGAGUACCUGCCACACAAUGGAUUUCAGUUUACAAUGCUCGGAUGCCGAUGAAACAGAGGUAUCAUUACAAUGUCGCUGAUGCAAGGUUGGCACAACAUGUGGAGAGAGGGAUUCAAGACGGUCUGCUUAUAAGUUGUGUGUCAUCUUGUUCUAAUCUCUGGGCACUUAUUAUGGAUGCCGGAACCGGUUUUACAAACCAAGUUUAUGAGCUUUCACCCUUCUUCUUGCACAAGGAAUGGAUAAUGGAACAAUGGGAGAAGAACUAUUACAUUAGUUCUAUUGCUGGUGCUAAUAAUGGAAGUUCCCUUGUGGUGAUGUCAAAAGGAACUCAGUAUACGCAACAGUCUUACAAAGUAAGUGAUUCUUUCCCCUUCAAGUGGAUAAAUAAGAAGUGGAGAGAAGGAUUUCAUGUGACCUCAAUGGCAACUGCUGGGAGCCGGUGGGGUGUUGUUAUGUCUCGCAAUGCUGGCUUCAGUGAUCAGGUUGUGGAGCUGGAUUUUCUCUAUCCAAGUGAAGGCAUCCACAGACGUUGGGAUAAUGGUUUUCGGAUAACAUCAACAGCUGCAACUUGGGAUCAAGCAGCCCUCAUCUUGAGUGUCCCCAAGCGCAAACCUGGUGAUGAAACUCAAGAGACUUUGCGUACAUCUCAAUUUCCUAGCACACAUGUGAAGGAAAAAUGGGCAAAGAAUCUGUAUCUUGCUUGUUUGUGCUACGGGCGAACUGUAUCUUGA